GCUGAUGAGGGCGAGGAUGUGUGCUGCUGCUGCUGCUGCUGUUGUUGUUUCCCGCUGCCAUUUCCUCAGCGGAUCCUCGCGGAAACAUCAUCGGUGUCACAGUAAAUGAAGCUGUGGGUUCACACACGCGCACAUUUUCAGCUCUGAAUCUGCUCACGCGGGGGAUGACAGAUGAGAAACACGCUUCGUCUUAUGUGAUGUCAUUGACUGGCUGUUUCUGUGGGCAACAGCACAACCACCGCUGAGCUGAAGGAUAUAUAUAUAUAGAUUUAUAUAUAUCUAUAUAUAUAUAUAUUUAUAUAUAUAUAUAUAUAUAUAUAUAUAUUUAGAGGGCAUAAUCAUCAACAUGAGGCUUGUUUGCUGAUCAGUGAGAUUUGAUUUCAAGGAUACAAUGGAGACAAUAUGGCUUUAUCAGUUUCGCCUGAUCGUCAUCGGAGACUCCACAGUUGGCAAGUCGUGUCUGAUCCGGAGGUUCACCGAGGGCCGCUUCGCCCAGGUGUCGGACCCCACAGUGGGGGUGGACUUCUUCUCACGUCUGGUGGAAAUUGAACCUGGCAAAAGGAUCAAACUUCAGAUCUGGGACACUGCAGGACAAGAGAGGUUCAGGUCUAUCACCAGAGCCUACUACCGCAAUUCAGUGGGUGGUCUCUUACUCUUUGACAUCACGAACCGCAGAUCCUUCCAAAACGUCCUUAACUGGCUGGAGGAGGCCCAGAGUCACGUCCAGCCUCACAGCAUUGUCUUCCUGCUGGUGGGUCACAAGUGUGACCUGGAGGCCCAGCGUCAGGUGACCCAGCAGGAGGCCGAGAAGCUGGCAGGAGCCUACGGGAUGAGAUAUGUGGAGACGUCAGCACGAGAAGCCAUCAACGUGGAGAAGGCAUUUGUGGAUUUGACGAGGGACAUCUUUGACCUUGUCCGGAGCGGGGACAUCAAGAUCCAGGAUGGCUGGGAGGGCGUCAAGAGCGGAUUUGUUCCCAACACCGUCCAUUCCUCCGAGGAGGUCACUAAGGGCGGCCGGCAGUGCUUCUGCUGACUUUUCUAACCGUAGCACACGACUAUGACAGGUGCUGAACAUUUCAGUGGACUUUCCUGUUUUACUUCUUUACUCAAGACACAGCUUUCCCCCCCCCCUUCAGACGCCUAUUUAUGGCUCUGUGGACUUUUUAUUGACGCUCCUGAAAGGUGUUCAAGCACAAGAUGGAAGCAUCUUAAUCCCCUCGCUGUUCUGUGUGCAUGUGUGUAACUGUAUUGACCCUCCGCUCUUAUCAACUCCGCUUUCAUGCACAAUACUUUGAAUAUACUGCAGACAUGUGUCCAGAGAGACACAUGAGAUACAUUCUCUGACUGCACUGCACUACAAAUCCAAGUGGCUUAACAGUGGAGGGAAAACUCAAGUGAAAGUCAAAUUAAAUGUAACCAAAGUUUGAGAGACUGA